AUGGCUGAGGAAAACUGCACCACUGUGACAGAGUUCAUUCUGCUGGGAUUGUCAGAUAUCCCUGAGAUGAAAGUCCUUCUCUUCCUGGUGUUCCUUCUGAUCUAUGCAGUAACAGUUUUAGCCAACCUGGGCAUGGUUGUCCUGAUCCAGGUCAGCUCUCAACUGCACACUCCCGUGUACUUUUUCCACAGCAAUUUGUCUCUUGUGGACUUUGGCUACUCCUCAGUCAUUGUGCCAAAGGUGCUGGCCAACAUCUUAAACAAGGACAAAGCCAUCUCCUUCACAGCAUGCAUGGUACAAUUCUAUUUGUUUUGCACUUGUGUGGUUACAGAGGUCUUCCUCCUGGCUGUGAUGGCCUAUGAUCUCUUUGUGGCCAUCUUCAAUCCUCUGCUGUACAUGGUCAUCAUGUCCCAGAAGCUCUGUGCAGAGCUGGUUUCUGGCUGUUAUCUCUUAGCAUCAGUGUGUGCUCUGAUUCACUUGUGCUCAGCCCUUGAGAUCCCAUUCUAUAGGUCAAAUGUGAUUAAUCACUUCUUCUGUGAUUUACCCCCUCUCCUAAGUCAUGCUUGCUCUGAUGUCACUGUGAACAAGGUGCUGCUGUUCAUCAUGGCUACUUUCAAUGAAUCUAUGACAAUUGUGAUCAUCCUCACCUCCUACCUGUUCAUUCUCAUCACCAUCCUGAAGAUGCGCUCUGCAGAGGGGAGGCGCAAAGCUUUUUCCACCUGUGCCUCCCACCUCACAGCCAUUGUUGUCUUCCAUGGAACAAUCCUUUCCAUUUACUGUAGACCUACUUCAGGUAAUGGUGGAGAUGCUGACAAAGUGGCCACGGUGUUCUACACUGUGGUGAUCCCCAUGCUGAACCCCCUCAUCUAUAGCCUGAGAAAUAAGGAUGUGAAAGAAGCUCUCAGAAAAGUUGUCAGCUCUAAAAUGCAUUCCUAG